UGAGCAAAACGAUCGGAGAUCCAGGAGGUGUCUGCUGGACGUGGUGCGCGCCCUCGAAGUCGAACGCCGUGUUGUAUAUAUUAUUUAUAUAUAGAAAGAAAAGAAAUGAACAUUUCUGUGUUCACAAAUGUGUCAAUUUCUGUGAGUGUGUGUCUAUGCAGUGUGUCUGGUCUGGUCUGGUGGAAAUUUGAAAAAGAAACGCAGCCAUUUGCAAUGCAAUGCCAGAAAAGGCAAAAAAUCUGAAUAGAUCCUAAUUAUAUGUUAACCAAUAUAUAUUGUUUAAAGCAAAUACGAGUAAUCACCAAUCGAAAAAGUGGAAAAUUUCAAUUAUAAUCCGUGUUCUGUUCGUUCACGUUUGUGUGUGCGUCGAGAGUUCUAAAUAUAAAUAAAUAAGAAAAUCGCCUGUCGGCGGCUAAAGCCGCAUUUAAAAAUAUUUAAAAAUUUUCGGUAUAUAGCGGACUAAUCCUAUAGAGAAAGUCGUCCUGAAAGUGUGUACCCGUAACCCCCAACCGGCCCCCUGUCCGCUUGGUGGCCCUGUUUUUGGCUAAUUAUAUAGCGAGACCUGAACAUGGAAACAUCGCCAGCAGCCGCCGCUGAAGAGGCUGCCGUCGUAGUAGAACCUCCUGGCCAGGAACCAGUAUCGGAAACGAUCCAGCGCAGACCACCACCCCGCAUCACGUUCAGCGAUAACUCCAGCUCUUUGAUUCGCUGCAUACCCAACGAGCGGGCAACAUUCUUUGUGAAAAUCGAUUGCGAUGAGGAUGAGGAGUCCGAAUUGCUGCCCUUCAAAUUCGAAUGGAGCCGCGGAGAAAUACCUAUUGAGAACUCGGAUCGCUUUCGGAUAACGCAAACCAGCAAUGCCGUCCAGUUGGCCGUGGAGCAUGUGCAGCGAGAGGAUGCCGGACAUUACACGCUGUUCGCACGAACGAAAAGUAACGAUUUGGUGCGCAGGAACGUCGAACUCAUUGUCGAGGACAGAUCGACCGGAGACGAUCCGCCUGUGUUCCUGCGGCGCCUGGUCGAUCUCUCCGUCAAAGUGGGCACACGCACACGUCUCCUCACCGAAAUACGCAGCUCAACAGAUUUAAAGCUAACAUGGUACAGAAACGACAGGAGAGUGUGUGAGAAUGAUCGCAUCACAGAGAUCAACGAGGGUACUUUCCAUUACCUGGAAGUGAGCCCCGUGACAUUGGAUGAUGGCGGUCAGUGGAUGCUGAUGGCGGAAAAUUUUGGCGGACGCAACUCGUGCCUGGGUACUGUGAAUGUGCUGGUUCCCAAGGCGUACAAGACGCCCGAGUUUGUGGAGGAGCUGCGAGCCGUGCUUACGGAGCAAGGAACCGUUUCGCUGGAGUGCAAGGUGGUGGGUGUGCCCACGCCGCAUUUGCGCUGGUUCAAGGACUCCAAGGAGAUCAAGGCUGGCGAUAUCUUUGCACUGACCGCGAAUGCGGAUGAUCCCACAUCUCUUGGGACGUACACCUGCGAGGCGAGGAACUGCAUGGGCGUCACCUAUUCCAGCUCCAAGGUUCAUGUGGUGGGACGUGGCAGUCGGGAGGGCUCUCUCAAGCCGGCGGACAACGUAUCGAGCAAUGCGCCGCCUCCGAUAUUCACAAACGAACUGAGGGACAUGAGCAUCCACAUCGGCGAGACAAUCAUUCUCGGCUGUCAAGUGGUGGUGCCGCCCUGGCCCAAGAGCGUCAGUUGGUACAACACCGAUGGACGUGUGGAGACCGCCGAGCGAUAUAAACUGAUCGAGGAUGGCCUGGGUGUCUACAUGAUCGAGAUUAAGCCAUCAGAGUCCUGCGAUGCCGGGGAAUGGAAAUGUGUGGUCACCAGCUUUGAGGGCUGUGUGGGCAUCUCCACCUGUGCGGUUAACAUGGACAUUCCCAGAAACUAUCGCAAGCCCCGGUUCAUGGAGAGUCUUCGCGCCGUUCUUACUGAAGAGGGACUCGUCUCAUUCGAGUGCAAAGUGGUGGGCUUCCCAACGCCAGUGCUCAAAUGGUUCAAGGAUGGACACGAACUGAAGCCCGGCGAUGUUUACCAGCUGACGGGCACCAAUUCCUUGGGCACCUAUUGCUGCAUUGCCCGCAAUUGCAUGGGAGAGACCAGCAGUACGGCCGUACUCACCGUGGAGGAUAUACAAAAUCAGCUUACCGAUGAGGAGCGCAUGGUAUUCACACAACAGAACCAGGCACCCAAGUUCCUCACGGGCCUGAAGAGCACCGAUGCCAAAAUCAACGAACCCUUCCAGUUCAAGGUGGUGGUGAAGGCCACCCCGGAUCCCAUACUGUCCUGGUUUCGGGAUGAGCUGCCCAUCGAUCCGAACGACAGAUACAAUCACUAUCGCGGCGAAAGCGACGACUGUUGGCUGCUGGACAUCAAGGCUGUGGAGUUUGUGGAUCAGGCCGAGUGGAAGUGUGUUGCCGUCAAUGAUUUUGGCACCAGCAUCACCUCGUGCUUCCUGAAGCUUCAGAUACCCCGGCACUACAAGAAGCCUCGCUUCCUCGAGUGUCUGCGAGCGGUGCUCACCGAGGAGGGAGCCGUAAAUCUCGAGUGCAAGGUCAUUGGCGUGCCCCAGCCGGUGCUCAAGUGGUACAAGGAUGGGUUGGAACUGAAACCCGGCGAUAUACAUCGAAUCAUCUCUGGCCAGGAUGGCACUUGCUGCCUGGGCACGUACACAUGCGAGGCCAGGAACUGCAUGGGUGUCGUCGCCAGCUCUGCAUCGCUGCUGGGCUUUGAGGAUGCCCAAAGAAGUCAGGCCCAGAGCCAGAAGAGUGAAACGCCGCUGCACGAAAACGAGCUGCAGAGGAACUUAUCGCUCUCCACAAUUCAAGAGGAGCGCACAUCCCAGAUGUAUGAGACGCCCGUUGGCGACAUAACCAUUGAUGAGAAGGGCGAUGUGUCAUUCUCCUUCGAUGGCAAAGAGGUCUCCGUUUCGCUCUACGAAACGCCCGAUCUCACCGAGGAGGAGGCCCUCAAGAUUGUGGAAAUGUAUGCAGAUCAGAUAUCCGAGCAUGUGACGGAGCACAAUAUCGUGGAGUUGCCACCGUUGCGCUUUGUCAAAGAGACUUCGCAGUCGGGAAAGCUACUAAUGGAAGCUGUUGUCAUUGACAUAGCGCCCGAGUAUUUCAGCCAUGAAGAGGAUCUACGUACUGAGGCGGAUAUGGAUGACAUAUCAAUAACAGAGAUCACAGUGCAUGGCUCGUCGGGCAGGGAGGGAAAGCUGAACAAGGAGACGCAGCAAUAUGUGCAGGAGUCCUUUGAGAAAAUGGAGGAGGAGCUAUCGCUGUCGGCCCCCAUACGGAAGCGGAAAAAGUCACGACCCACAGAGACAGACGAGUUCUUCAGCCUGUCGAAGGCCUCGGCUUCGGGUAGCCAGGAAGGGAGAGGAAGAGACAUCGGAUUUGCAGACCUUUGCCAGCGCUCAAAUGUCCACAUCCCAGAAGGUGGCCACUACCUCAGCAUCUAA